UGUCGUCCUCGGUCGUGUGGUGUCCGACUCGGUCGUCAGUUCUUGUAUAGAUCCGACCGCGCGCGGACGUGGGACAUAGUGCUGCUUCCGUAAUACUGAGUAUGAGCGUACAAGACAGCAUCAGUCGCGAGACGAGCGAGAGGAUGUCUGCGUGGAUCGAGGCCCAGCGGCGCGGGGAGCACCUGGACGUGGACGUGUACGGCCAGCCCACACCGCAGCAGUUGCAGGAGCUCGACAACGUCCGCAAACUCAGCAAGGAGCUGCAGGAUAAUUUACAUGAACUAGAAAAUACGGUCCGAAACCCCGACGCAGACAACGACGAGAUGAACCCCACAGCACCCAUCCUGGACUACUCAGAAGACCACGAGUUCGUCUCCGCCAACCAGCUGGACGACUACUACGCGACCGAGGACGCCGCAGACGCGAAGGAAGAGGAAAAGAGGAAACUGAUGAAGGGUAAAGCCGCUAAGACAGAGAUCCAGAAGUUUUAUAAGGAUCAGUGUGUGUUUUUGACGGGCGGUACCGGGUUUUUGGGCAAAGUUUUGAUAGAAAAACUACUGAGAUCUUGCGGUGAUCUAGAUACGAUAUACGUUUUAGUGAGACCCAAAAAAGGAAAAGAUCCACAGUCUCGAAUUAAUGAUUUAUCAAAUGAUUUGCUAUACAAAAGGGCACGAGAAGAAAAUCCGAACUGCUUCAAGAAGGUGGUGCCAAUAAUCGGUGAGAUGGAGUCACCAAGGCUCGGCAUGAGCGAUGCAGACUGGAGGUUAUUAACGUCUCGUGUCAGUAUAAUAAUCAACAGUGCCGCGACAGUUAAAUUUGACGAGCAGUUAUCUGUGGCUGUCGGAAUCAACAUAAAAGGACCCAAAACGAUACUAGAACUAGCAAAAGAAUGUAGAAACUUAAAGGCUUUAACACACGUCUCCACAGCUUUCUCAAACACACAAGUCAAAUAUAUUGAGGAAAAAUUCUACGAUGUUCACAUGUCAGCAGAAACCAUAGAGGCCCUGGCUGACCUAGACAAUAAAAUCCUAGAACCAAUAUUACCCACAAUUCUCGGUGAGAAACCAAAUACGUACAGCCUGACGAAGUCGAUAGCUGAGGACGUGAUCCGGGUGCGAGGGGAGGGCAUGCCGGUGUGCAUCAUCAGACCUUCUAUAGUGAUCUCGACGUACGAGGAGCCGCUGCGAGGCUGGACGGACAGCUUGUACGGACCAACCGGCCUUGUUGUUGGCUCUGGAACUGGGGUGUUACGCACGAUGUACAUAUCGACGGACAAGGUGGCAGACAUGGUGCCCGUCGACCUCACAGUCAACGCCAUCAUCGCAUCCACGUGGCACACCGCUAAGAACUUCAGAGAGAACCAAACGUCAGACAUACCAAUCUACAACUACGUAUCCGGCGCACAGAAUCCCAUCACGUGGGGCAAGUUCUUCGAGGCGAACGAGAGGAGAGGGUUAAGCAUCCCGACUAUUAAUGCUGUUUGGUACUACGGCAUGACGUUCACGAAGUGCUAUUACAUGUUCCUGUUCUACAACUUCUUCCUGCACUACCUCCCCGCGCUGCUGCUCGACACAAUCUGCCUGCUCACGGGGAAGAAACGAAAGUUUUUGAAGCUAUACUCGCGUGUGAUAAAGGUGGCGAGCAUCCUGUUCUACUACUCGAUGCGGGACUGGCAGUUUAGCGACCGGAACGUGCAGGAGAUGUGGCGCGCGCUUCCAAAGAACGACCAGGUCGUCUUCCCCUUCUCCAUGGCCGAGUUUUCCUGGGACCACAUGAUUGAAACCUUUUUGUUUGGCCUCCGAGUAUAUCUGCUCAAAGAUGACCCCUCAACAUUACCGGAAGCGAGAAUAAAGUGGAAUAGAUUAUACAUUGCGCAUCAGUUGUUGAAAUUAGUAACUUUGGGUGUAGUACUAAUUAUUGGGUAUUACGUGUUCAAAGGCUUAUUUUGGUAACCGAAACAUAAUUUAGAUAUUAUUUAAAUUAUUUUCGAAGUAUUGGUACAAGUCUGUAUUAUAUCGUAGCCAUUUUGUACUGAUACCUAUAUUUUUUUAUGCAUUUCCAGCAAGUACUUACCUAGAUUAUUAUUUUUAUGUGCUACUUUACAUAUUUUGUCGAAAUGUGAUAAUACUUUGCCAAAUUGUGGUUCAAAAGAUUAGCAGGCGUAGUUUAUUAUUGAGUACAAACAAUAUAAGACAUUAUUUGAAAUUAUUAGGUGCUUAAAGGAGGUUGAAAGUUAUCCGUCCAACUAGGUAUUAAAUAUUUUUGUGGUUGUGAUAAUGUUUUGUGUAUAUUUAUAAGUGAUUUAGAGCACGAGUUUUAAAUGUAGAUAUUAUUAUAAAAAUUGUCCAUAACUCUUCGUUUGUUGCUUUAUAAAUAAUAAAGAUCGUCAAAUAGAAAGGUGCCUCUAUUUGUACUAGUUUUUUAAUGUUUAAAAUAAGGUGUAAUUUUAAUUGCUCAAUUUUUUUUUACUUUUUUAAUAUUUUUAUACACGCAUUUUGUAUAUUUUAAAGACCUGACACCAUAAUAUUGAGUUUAGUGAGAAGCUUGUCGCUUGUCAAUGUAUUAUUUUUGAGAUUGAAUAACUAAAGGUGCUCAAAAUA